AUGAAGCUUUGUUUGGAUGAAUUCUGUCAUCUUUCUGGCCAAAAAGUUAGCUUUGAUAAAUCUAAGAUCUGUGUCUCCCCAAAAAUUUGCUCCGACUUGGCUAACUCUAUUGCUACCAUAAGUGGUUCCCCUCACAGCUUAAACCUUGGGAAGUACCUUGGUGUUCCUCUUAUCCACACUAGAGUUGACAAAACAACUUAUCAAGAGGUCAUUGCUAAAGUUCAGAAAAUGUUAGCUUCUUGGAAACACCACACCCUAUCUAUGGCUGGUAGGAUCACCCUUCUUCAAUCUGUGAUUGCUGCUAUUCCUUUUGCUUGGAGGGGAGUCUUAUAUGGGACUUCAACUCUUUCUAAAGGCAUCAAGUGGAGAGUGGGUUCUGGGGAGAACGUGAGGUUCUGGACAGAUAACUGGCUUAGUUGUGGCCCUCUCCAGCAGCAUGCUCUCACUGAGCUGACUGAAGAUAUGCUCCAGUUGAAUUGGAGUAGACAAAAGUAUUUGGCGGCUCACUCCUAA